AUGGACGGCAAGACGAAGCUCAACCAAGAGCACUUCGACAACGAAGCAGCAGACUAUGAUGCAAAGCAUGAGAAAACAACGGCUGAAAUAGCCCGACGGCUCGAAGCGCGGAGGGGCCUGAUCGGCGUUCAAUGGCUCGAGGAGGACGACAGUGCCGAUGAAGAAGAGGGCGUCAGCACUGCCGACGCGGUUCCCGCGCGGGCCGUGAGAGUCCUCGAUUACGCCUGUGGCACCGGUUCGAUGUCUAGAGCGUUUGCGCCAUACACAACGCAAUGUGUGGGCAUUGACCUUUCUGAGAAGAUGGUGGACGUGUAUAAUGCUCGUGCUCGGAACCAGGGGCUGUCGGAGGAUGAGAUGGUCGCGUUCUACGGCAACCUCUGCGUGCCAGAGGACCAAGACCCGGAGGCCUUCCGCGACGGCAAGUUCUUCGGGUUCGACCUCGCCGUCGUCGGGCUCGGCUUCCACCACUUCGACGACCCGGACCUGGCGGCGAAGCGGCUCGCGGCCCGGCUGAAGCCAGGCGGGGUCCUCAUGAUCAUCGACUUCCUGCCGCACGCGCCGCACGGUUCUGGGGCGUCGGGUGGUCAUGAUCAUCACCACCACGACCACUCUCACGAUGCGCAUGCUCAUAGCCAUGGGAAAGAGGGCGCCGAUAUCGAGAUGGCUGCGGAUGAGAAGGCCUUGAGGACCGUGACGCACCACGGGUUCUCGGAGGAGCGCAUCAGGGAGAUCUUUGUUGGUGCUGGGGCGGGAAAGGACUUCGCGCUUGAUGAUAUGGGGCAGGUGAAGUUCGGGGAGAAGCAUGGGAAGAGGACUUUGUUUAUGGCGAGGGGUACUAAGGAGCGAGAGUGCUAG